AUGGAUAGCCAGAUAGGAUCUGAAAGAACCUUCCUUCCGAGAGUGCUUCAUGAGUUUGGUUUCUCUCAGUCUUUUGUGGAUUGGGUCCGAACAAUAUUGCACUCUGCUCGGCUUUCUGUGCUUAUUAAUGGGUCUCCGCAUGGUUUUUUCUCUUGUGAUCGUGGUGUUCGUCAGGGGGAUCCUCUGUCUACUAUUCUUUUUUGUUUAGCGGAAGAGGUUUUAAGCCGGGGGCUUGCCAACUUGUUUUCUGCUGGGCGUAUUCGUUCUAUUUCUACUCCAAGGGGUUGCUCUCCAAUUUCUCAUGUCCUCUAUGCAGAUGACCUAUUUAUUUUUUGCAGAGGUGAUGGCUCUUCUCUUCGUUGUCUCCAACAGUUUCUUACUCUUUACGGUGAAGCAUCAGGGCAACUAAUUAAUAAGAACAAGAGCACUUUCUACUUGGGUACUCCUUAUCUGCAUCGUCAGCGUUACUUCAAGCGGUUAUUGGGGUUCAAGAGAGGUGUGACCCCAUUCACCUAUUUGGGAGUACGAAUUUUUCGUGGUAAGCCUCGACGUAUUCAUCUCCAAGCCUUGGCGGAUAAGGCUAAAUCUAAGCUUGCUGGUUGGAAAGGAAAGCUUUUAUCUAUGGCAGGCAGGGUACAACUUGUUCAAUCAGUGUUUCAAAGCAUGCUUCUUCAUACUUUCACAGUGUAUAUUUGGCCUUCCUCUCUUAUAAAGCAUUUGGCUGUCUGUGCUCCGAAUUUUAUUUGGUCUGGAGACCUGGCGAUACGAAAGAUGGUUACUGUACCUUGGAGUCAGAACUCCAGAUGGCUUAUUGGCAAUGGUUCUAUGGUGAAUUUCUGGUCGGAUAAAUGGUUGGAUAUUCCAAUCUUAGAGGAGUUGCAACGUGUUUCACUUUCUCCACAACUGCAUGCUCUUGUCUCUGACUUUAUUGCUAACCAGCAAUGGUCCUUGCCAGCUCGGUUUUACUCUCUGUAUCCACAUAUUGCACAAAAGAUCCACAACAUUACUCUUCCCCUCCAAGCUGAAAGUGACUGUCUCAUUUGGGAACACUCCAGUUUUCGGGUCCCUUCUUUUUAUGAUGGUUAUGAGUUGUGGUUAGCUUGUUGUUUUGGCACUUCUUUGCCUUCUCAAGGGUCGCUUGACGACUUCUGGAAUGCUUUUAUUGGUAAGAGAUUCUCUUCUCAAUUAGCUAAUGUUUGGUUAGCAGCGGGUCUUUUUACUCUGAUGCAGAUUUGGAAGGUGCGGAACAAGCUGGUCUUUGAUAAUAAGCAGCCCUCUCUCUGGCGUGUUCUUUGUUCAAUUAAAUAUUGGGUUCGUUUUGCGGCACCCUACUUUCCAGGUAGUUCGAAAGGAUUACUGGAUGUAAAUAUUCUUAAGGAAUUUGGAGUUCAGCCCAUUAUUCAACAGGUGCGCAUCCCUUGUAUGGUUAGGUGGCUUUCUCCGACUCAUUCCUGGAUUAAGCUCAACACUGAUGGCCUUGCUAAAGUGAAUCCUGGGGCGGCGGCAUGUGGUGGCAUAUUUAGAAUUGCUGGUGGGCGUUAUGUUAGAGGCUACUGUCAGAACUUGGGUUUCCAGAAUGCUUUUUAUUCGGAGUUAAUGGCAGUGAUUAUUGGAGUGGAAUUUACUUAUCAGUUUGGUUGGCAUACUCUCUGUUAG